CGGUACGUUUAUCGUUCCGGCACGCGUGACGAGUACGGUACCGCGCGAAUCACGCGUGUUUGGUCUGUUCCAAACCGCCGGUUGCCGGCUAGCCGGCGCUCUCCCGUUAUCUCCGAUCGCUCCAAUGGCUGAGUGUGGGAUAAAAAUAUCACCAACCUGUCGUCCGUGCACCGUGACCGUGGGAUUAGCCGUGGGGUGAGAUAACGCCCUGUGCCAGCAAAGUGACGGAGAUACAGUUCUGCGCAGCAUCUUGGAUGCCCGCCAGUAAUCCGGAACGCUUUCUACGGUCAACCUCAAUCAUGAGCGGUUCAGCAGUGUCGGCGGUGAACGUUUCCACCAGCGAGCAGCAAGGGCUUUGAGGAACUGGGCCGUGUUGUUUCGAGUGACUAGUGGCAAAGGGAAGGGAGCGGCGUGGAAGGACAAAUCCGAACGCCGAAAAGUCUUUUGCACAUUACGCACAGUACAUUGAGCCGCGGUGGCAGCUCGGGCCAGCAUCCGCACACAGCGACACAUCAAACGCACCAAGCCGCGGCAAUGGAAUCACCGAAGGAUAAGCACCGAAGUAAAGCAAUAGAAAUCAAUGUUCCGCCGGAUGUCAUCGCCGGCAAUGGAAGUUCGCCAGAUGCGCCGGCCGAUUUCGAAACGGCCAUUGCCGCCACCGGGUACGGCCGUUUCAACUACCUUCUGCUGCUGGUCGCGAUGCCCUGCUGCAUGACGACCGUGUUCGAGACGACCACCAUGUCGUACGUGCUGCCGAGCGCCGAAUGUGACCUGAACCUUACCCUCGCCGACAAGGGCAUGCUGAAUGCCAUCACCUACACCGGAAUGAUAACGUCCGCCUUCCUGUGGGGCUUCCUGUCCGAUACGUACGGGCGGAAGCGGCUGCUCGUCGUUGGCUUUCUGCUGGACAGUACCUUCAACGUGCUGUGCGCACUCAGCCAGAACAUGGUGGCCAUAAUGGUUUUCAAAUUUAUGGGUGGCUUUGUCAUCUGUGGCCCAUUUGCCGUGCUGAUGGCGUAUCUGUCCGAGUUUCACAGUCUGCAGCAUCGAUCCCGCGUGAUGAUAGUGCUCGGCGUAUUUUACAGCGCUGCCAACAUGCUGCUGCCCGCCCUCGCAUGGCUCAUCAUCCCCCAGCCCUGGAAUCUCAUCAUCGGGGAUGGUGUGCUGGAAAUACAUUCGUGGCAGAUUUUCCUUGCCGUCAGCUGCCUGCCGGGCGUGCUGAGCGGUAUCAGCGUGAUGUUUCUCCCGGAGAGUCCCAAGUUUCUCAUGUCCAAGGGCCAGAACGAACGAGCGUUGGCCAUUUUCCGGCGCUUGUACGCCAUCAACACCCGGGACCGGCAGGAGUUUCCGAUCAGAGUGCUGGUGGAUGAGCUGAGCCCGGUGUCGGGGCCAAUUGUACCAGCGUCCGGCAAACCCACCACCCAUCCCUCACCAGCAGCAGUAGCAGCAGCAGCACCCAGUGGGCUGGGCGAAGGGUUCCGCCAGCUAGGGAUAAUGUUCCGGAAGCCACAUCUACCAAAUGCCUGCCUGGUGUACGGUAUCCAGUUCGGCAUACUGCUCGGGUUAAACACAUUUCGCCUCUGGGUGCCGCAGCUUUUCACCAUCAUCGAGGAGUUUGAGCACGAGCAGCACCUACUGCCCGACGGACUGGCCAGCCAGGCAACGCUCUGCGAAAUGUUGGCCUACAAGGUCAACAAAACGGAACAGCUGCAGCAGCAAUGGCUGGAACGUGACGUGUCCCGAGCGCUUCAUGGCCCAGAUCCGGUCGCAAUGGAGCCGUUGGAUGACGUCCUGAUGUGCACCCCGACAACCGAAGGCCGGGUCUAUCUGUACUCAUUAAUCAUUGGAUGCGUCGGCAUUGGAGCGUACGCGGUUACGACCGUCAUGAUUAAUUCCAUCGGCAACCGGAACAUUCUCACGUACGGAUUGCUGCUGGCUGGAUCCUGCGGUACCGCCCUGUACUGGGCCCGAAGCUCACUCGUAACGCUGAUACUAUCGUCGUGCUACAUCACCAUCUGCAGCAUUGCCUCGACGGCCCUGGUCGGUGCCGUCGUCGCCAUGUUUCCCACCUCCAUGCGGACAAUGGUGGUCUCGCUAACGAUGAUGUUUGGCCGCACCGGGUCCAUCAUUGGCAAUGUUGUUUUUCCCUAUCUGAUGGCGCUCGGGUGUUUGCCACCGUUUGUCAUGAUCGGUGCCAUUGUGAUAGCUGUUGCCGCGGUGUCUCGCCUGCUGCCACGAACGGUUAAAAAACCGUUACAAUAAUUUAGCAGCAACAGCGGGAAAACCCCCCUUUGUGCUGCGCUGGCUGGACAGGAUGGAAUAUAAUUGCUCAAUCAAUAUUAAAACCAACGGCACAAGGUUGGCCAGCCAGCCCACCUAACAGACUGGCCGAGGCUAAUUGACCGCAUUAAUGGUUCCGUUAAAAUCAAAACAUGCCUCAGGCAGCGGAAGUAUCAACAACCAACGGACGGCGCAAAACGGUGGAUGGAAAAAUGGACGCAUAGAAUUGAGAUUAAAUAAUAAGAUUGAAAGAUUUUAACUAAAAAUAAUUUCAGAUUUCAGUACUCAUGGUCAAAUGCUGUAACUAAUUUUAACGUGCAAUAAAUUAAAUUAUGUUCACACUGUA